UGUUAUCAUAGACGUGUGCCAUCUUAAAACAGUAUGAAAAAAGCCCUUCAGUCUUCAGUCUAAGCUGACGACUGUGCAGACAGGAUGACUCAGAACUCGCCCAUUUUGGCCCGCAUCUGUGAUGACGCCGUACUCGGCCGUGAACACGCCCUCUUUGGGAACUAUGACUCCUCGGUGGUGUACUACCAGAGCGUCAUUCAGCAGAUCAGCCAGCACUGCCAAACCAUCUCUGACCCUGCUCUCAAAGUGGGAUGGCAGCAGAUGACGCAGCAGCUGAAGAAAGAGUACGAGCAGGUCAAGGGCAUCAUCAGAACUCUGGAGAACUUUAAGAAACUGAGGCCGGGUGACAGCUCUGCUCUGGAGUUGGACGAGAGGUCGGACGACGUGUGGCCGCCUCCAAACCCAGCCAAGUUCAGGAACUGUUCCGGAGGACGGCGGCCCAACAGCUCUCUGAAAGUGUCGCAGCAGAAGACAGACUCAAACUCUGUCCAGCAUCAAGCGAGCCCCUUGCAGACCCACCCCAAAUCAGACCGCCAUGGCCAGCGCGAGGCCCGCACGAGAACCAAAGAGAGGAAAAGAACCAAUGGAGUUUCCCAGAAGAAGUUUGACGGCGUUGGAUUUGACGGCGACCUGGUGGACACGCUGGAGAAAGACAUCGUGUCUCGUAACCUGAAUGUCCACUGGGAUGACAUCGCCGAGCUGGAGGAGGCCAAGAAGCUGCUGAGGGAGGCAGUCGUGUUGCCCAUGUGGAUGCCGGAGUAUUUCAAGGGUAUUCGACGACCUUGGAAGGGUGUGUUGAUGGUGGGACCCCCAGGCACAGGGAAGACCAUGCUAGCUAAAGCUGUGGCCACUGAAUGUGGGACUACUUUCUUCAACGUGUCCUCCUCCACUCUCAGCUCCAAGUACAGGGGCGAGUCUGAGAAACUUGUCCGUCUGCUGUUUGAAAUGGCUCGGUUCUACGCUCCAACGACCAUCUUCAUCGACGAGAUCGACUCCAUAUGUAGCAGAAGAGGGACGUCUGAUGAGCACGAGGCCAGUCGAAGAGUCAAAUCUGAAAUACUCAUUCAGAUGGACGGCGUGGGCCGCGCUCAGGAGAAUGAAGACCCCUCAAAGAUGGUGAUGGUUCUCGCUGCGACCAACUUCCCCUGGGACAUUGAUGAAGCUCUGCGACGGCGUCUGGAGAAGAGGAUCUACAUCCCCCUGCCGACAGCUGUGGGCCGUCGAGAGCUACUCAAGAUCAACCUCAGAGAAGUGGAGGUGGCUCCUGACGUUGAUCUGGAUCUGAUCGCUGAUAAGAUCGAGGGCUUCUCUGGAGCUGACAUCACCAACGUCUGCAGGGACGCCGCCAUGAUGGCCAUGCGCCGCCGUAUACACGGCCUGAGCCCGGAGGAGAUCCGAAGUCUGUCCAAAACUGAGCUGGAGAUGCCGGUUACCAUGGAAGACUUCACCCUCACACUCAAGAAGAUCUCCAAGUCUGUGUCAGUGGCCGACCUGGACAAGUACAAAGCCUGGAUGGAGGAGUUUGGCUCGGUGUAGAGAAGCCAACAUCAGUCUACUAGAAGUGUUUUUUUAAAACAUAUUUUGAAGCCAUAUGCAUAAUAUGAAAUAAAUAAUGGACA